AUGGAUUAUGUAGUGGUUUCAGACGACGAGGAUGAUGAAGUAGAUAAUCUUGAACUUAUUAAUGCUAUUGAACAAUUCGAACAAAAUCAAAAUUCUUCAAUUAUUACGACUAAUGAAACUGAUGAAUUAAUCGCUAUUGAAUUAGAAAUAUCGGAAAUCGAUGCAGAAAUCAAUCGUCUUCGUCAUAAACGUUAUCAAUUAGUUGAACGACAACAAAAAUUAAGAGAUUCUAUGAAACCAAAUCAACAAUCAACAUUUAAUAUUAAUUCAGUUGAAAAAUGGCAACGAACAGAUUUUCCAUGGAGUUUGAAUGUAGAUAAAGUUCGUACAGAAAUAUUUAAAAUAAAUUCCUUUCGUCAAUGGCAACUUGAAACUAUUAAUGUUACAUUAUCUGGUCAUGAUUGUAUAUUAAUCAUGCCAACUGGUGGUGGAAAAUCAUUAUGUUAUCAAUUACCAGCUGUCAUAUCUGAUGGUAUAACAAUUGUUGUAUCACCAUUAAUAUCUCUUGUUGAAGAUCAAGUAUAUGCAUUACGAAAUUUAAAUAUUGAUGCACGUUCAUUAAAUACAUCGACACCACGUGAUCAACAAGCAGAAAUCAUGCGUAUACUUGAUGGACGAAAUACAACAGCUUCAACAUUAAAAAUUCUUUAUUUAACACCAGAAAAAAUUGCUAAAAGUAAAAUAAUAAUGGCAAAAUUACAAAAGCUUUAUGAAACAAACAGAUUUACAAGAUUAAUUGUUGAUGAAGUUCAUUGUGUUUCACAAUAUGGACAUGAUUUUCGACCAGAUUAUAAAUAUUUAUCAAUAUUUAAACGACAAUUUCCAAAUGUGUCAAUAUUAGGUUUAACAGCAACAGCUACGACAAAAGUUAUGAAUGAUGUACGACAAAUAUUGAAAAUUCCACAUUGUAUUUUAUUUCGAGCACCAUUUAAUCGAAAAAAUCUUUUUUAUGAAGUAUUACAUAAAUCAGAUGUUGGAAAAGAUGCUUUUACUGAACUUGUACAUUGUAUUCAACAUCGAUUUGAUAAACAAUCAGGAAUUGUCUAUUGUUUAUCACAAAAGGAUGCAGAAGAUGUAUGUUUUGAAUUGCAAAGAAAUUGUAAGUAUAGAAAUUCUUGAUUAAAAUACAUUGAAUUAAUUUGAAAAAAUUAGAGAGAGAUUUUUCAUAGAAAUGAAAUCAAAAUAAAAAAUGAAAUUUUGAAAUACUUCAAGAUAAAAUAUUCGAAAUCUUAUUUUGUAUUUUAUCAUUAAUAUUUUAAUAGUAUAAAAGAUUUGUUUGGAAAAAUUUUGCAUUGUGAUUUAUAAUUUUCAUUUGUUUGUUAAAACGUAUAUGAAUUCUAAAAUGAAGUUCAUACGGUUAGUUUUUCUUUGAAGAAUUAUGAUGAUUUUGUAUAAAUCAGUCAUAUCUGUGACUUGAUAUAAAAAGAGCAAUCUUUCAGUAAAUUGACAUAGUCCAAUUUUCGAUAUUUUACAAUGUUAGAAAGAAUAGAGUAAUCUAUGAUCAAUUUUAAGUAAUUAAUUCUUUAAUGAUAUUUAUCAUGGAAAAAUAUUUUACUAGAUGUUUACACAACUUUAUUUUUAUAGAGUCGUAGAUACUAUUAAAGUAAAGACUACUUUCAAAUAUAUA